GCUGGUGGCCCAGGUGAGUCCAGAGUAAUGUGCCAGACUUCCUGACGGGGAUCACAACUGAUUGAGAAAUCAAGGAAGAAGACAACGCAGUUUUCAACAUAAGAACGAAGUCUAGAACCGCAUCAUGACAAGGGGAGUGGGCAACAUGUCUUCACUGGUCUUCUUCACAGUGAUCGCGCUACUGCUCGCUGUUGCAUUUGUAAAUGUUAGUGCUUCUAGGCCUGGCGAUGACCAUCCGAAACCAUCAGGGCCAUUAGGCUGCACGAAAGACAGUCAGUGUUCCCUUAACGACAAAUGUUGUAACGGAGACUGCAAGAAGUGUUGCACCAAUGCCCACUGCGCGUCGGGAAAGAAGUGUUGCAAUGGCCAGUGCAAGCAAUGCUGCGUCAACAGCAACUGUGGCACUGGAAAGAAGUGCUGCAAAGGAGUCUGCACCAGUGCCAAGUGCUGAUCGAACGCCCACUGCGGGUCCGGAAAGAAGUGCUGCAAUGGCCAGUGCAAGGUGUGCUGCUCUGGCAGCAGCUGUGUUCCAAAAA